UACAGACUGUCCAGUACAAUACCAGACUGCUGGCAACCCUAUUUGCAGCAUGAUGCUAAAUGUCUUUUUGGGGAGGCUGGAGUGGUUGAAUGGAAGUGUGUGCAUGCACACUUUCACACCAUUCCUUUCCUGAAAUUAUUGUGUUUUGGGACUCACAUAGUAGUAGAAGGCAAACUUAAAAUAUUUUUGUUCCAACAGCAUAAUAAUUGGCCAAAAAUGAAAUAUCAAAAAUAACUAUUCUAAUAGUCAAACAACUAUAUAGAAAAUCCUUCUUUGCCUUUAAAAUAAAUACUCCUGAGUUUCAUUACAAUGAUUUAAAUUGAUCAAUAAAAUUAACUUCUGAAAUAUCUUUCUCUUUAGUCACAAUGGAAAAUAAUGAAUGUAACAAAGAGGAGGCUGAGAAGAGUGUUUCAAAUGAGGAGGCAAGUGGAAGUGUAGUUCAACAAAAGGCUCAGGAAGAAUUUUUCUUUCAUGAGGAAACCAUUGAUCUUGGUGGAGAUGAAUUUGAAUCUGAAGGGAAUGAGACCGUCUCUGAAGAUUCUAAUAACUUCAUAGAUAAACUGAAUGAACACAUGAUGGAAAGUGUCAUUAUUUCUGAUUCGCCAAACAAUAGUGAAGAUGACACUGGUGAACUUGGUUGCCUACAGGAAAUUGUGGAACAAAUGGAAGUCAAGGACAUUUGUACACCAGAAGGAGAAGUGAGUAAGGAAGAAGCUCUUGGUAGUGACAGUGAAACUGAACAUGAAGAAACACCUAAAGACAUUUCUGAUAUUGGGACAGAUGAUCAAGCAUCUUUAAAGGAAGAGUUUAUUCAAGAAGCAGUAAAAGAUGAACUGAAAGUGGGGAAUGAAGUUCCAGGUGACUCAACACCAAGUAAAAUUGAUGAAAGCAAAUCUGAGGAACCAACAUCAUCACCCAUUGCCAGCAAAUUAUCUCCUGAAGCUGAACCUAUCCCUGUCUGCACCAUUUUUAGUCAAGCAAACAGUGUAAAUGUUCAACCCCAGUUGUUCAUACAUGAUGGCUUUGAGCCUCAGAUGGUGAAGUCUCCUAGUUUUAGUAGUGUAAAUGAGACUCCAGUGAAGUCUCAUCUGCAGCUGGUUCAGCCAAGUCCUAGUCUAAGCACAUUUUUUGGUGACCCUGUUAACACUAGUAAUUUAGCUGCUGAUUUUUUUGAUUCAUUUACUACAUCCACUUUUAUUUCUGUCAGUAACCCUAAUGCAGGUUCUUCAGUCCCUGAACAAAUGUCAUCUCUUAGUUUAGCUGGAGACAGUUCCAAUGACUCUGCUGACCCUAUUUACUCAAUAGGAACCGGGAGAUCUGAAGUCGGUGGUCCCCCUGCAUCUUUAGAAAUAUCACAAUCUCCUAAGCCAUUUUCACAGAUCCACACUGUUUUUGCUGGAAGUGAUGAUCCAUUUGCCACAGCCUUGAAUAUGAGUGAAUUAGAUAGAAGAAAUGAUGCCUGGCUUCCCAGCGAGGAAACUAGAAAUGUUUUAAUUUCGGUAGCCACUCAGCAAUAUAGUACUCUUUUUAUAGACAAAGAGAAUCUCACCAUGCCUGGACUAAAAUUUGACAACAUCCAGGGAGAUGCAGUAAAAGACUUAAUGCUCCGUUUCCUGGGUGAGCAAGCUGCAGUGAAGAGACAAGUUUUAAAUGCUAAUUCCGUAGAACAGUCUUUUGUAGGCUUGAAACAGCUAAUUAACAGCAAAAACUGGAGAGCAGCAGUUGACCUGUGUGGACGACUUUUGACCGCCCAUGGUCAAGGAUAUGGCAAAAAUGGGCUACCUACUAAUCAUACAACAGAUUCUUUGCAGCUAUGGUUUGUGAGACUAGCACUGCUGGUAAAGUUGAAUCUUUUCCAAAAUGCAGAAGUGGAAUUUGAACCAUUUGGAAAUCUGGAUCAGCCUGAUCUGUACUAUGAAUAUUACCCUCAUGUGUACCCAGGACGCAAAGGUUCCAUGGUGCCCUUUUCUAUGCGGAUUUUACAUGCUGAACUUGAACAGUACUUAGGAAAUCCCCAGGAGUCACUUGAUAGACUACACAACAUGAAAACAAUCUGCACAAAGAUAUUAGAAAAUUUGGAGCAUGGCUUAGCAGAAGAUGGAAGUAUGAUUAACAUUACGCAAGAGAACAGACAAGCCUCUGUUGAGCUGUGGAGGUCACGUCUAGGCCGGGUGAUGUACUCCAUGGCAAACUGUCUGCUAAUGAUGAAGGACUAUGUGCUUGCUGUAGAUGCAUAUCACACAGUCAUCAAAUAUUACCCAGAACAGGAACCUCAGCUGUUGAGUGGAAUUGGAAGGAUUUUUCUUCAGAUUGGAGAUAUAAAAACUGCAGAAAAAUAUUUUCAAGAUGUUGAGAAAAUGAGUCCGAAAUUGGAUGGACAGCAAAAAAUUACGGUUUUAAUGAACAGAGCAUUUCUCCAUCUUGGUCAGAAUAACUUUGCAGAAGCUCACAGGGCCUUCACGGAAAUUUUAAGGAUUGAUCCUGCAAAUGCUGUGGCUAAUAACAAUGCAGCUGUUUGUUUGCUUUAUCUGGGAAAAUUGAAGGAUUCCAUCUACCCUAAACACUACCUACAUGAGAGUGUUCUUUUCAAUUUGACAACUAUGUAUGAAUUGGAGUCAUCUCGCAGUAUGCAGAAGAAGCAAGCUCUGCUUGAGGCUGUUGCUGUCAAAGAGGGUGAUAGCUUUAACACUCAGUGUCUCAAGUUAGGAUAGUUUGUUUUCAUCUAAUUUUUUUUAUUAAAGGCUAAUUUUUUUAAUUGUACAUACUCUUGCCAAUAUGUAAAUGUUCCUCUGGUGAAUGAAAUGAAAUAAAGUAUCUUUAAUUAUGAACCUAUGGCAGAUUACUAUAGUAACUACAUGGCCUGGAACAAUAAUCCUUGACUAUCAUCAUUUUGUACUCAUCUGUAGCCAGCUUCACCUCUGCAGGUCAGUUGCUAUUUAGUUAUUCCUAACUGUAGUAUCUACAAACACAUUUACUCAGAUGGAAUCCUUUAAGGAGUGGCACACUUGAGCUAUCUUUUCUUGAUGGUUUUAUUAUAAAAAUUUUCAAUCAUUAGAGAAGUCAAGUCUCAUAACACAGCUGCGGGUUCCAAAGAAUGUCUGUAUAAGUAGCAUUAAUAAAAAAAGUUAAAUCCUGAACAUGGAUUGGCUUUCAGUUUCUUGUACUGUAUAUCCCCCCUGGCAAAGCAAUAAACUGAGUUCUUCAUAU